UGAAAUUCCCAUAACCAGGAUCUUCAGUUCCUGUGGAAUCAAAUUAUGGAGCCUCAAAGACAGAAUCCAAAGACCACACUACAAUUUUCUUUAGGAAGAUACCACAUUUCUGAAGAAUAUGGCUUUCUUCUUCCAAAUCCACUGAAAGAGCUUCCGGAUCAUUACAGGCCUUGGAUGGAAAUUGCCAGCAACCUCCCUCAUUUGAUUCAGAGUCAUCAGCUUCGUGCUCAUGUGAACAAGAUGCCCCUCCUAGAUGUUCAGUUCCUAAAGGGCUACAAGGAACUACGCUUGGCCCACUUUGUUCUUAGUGCCAUCACCAUGGGGUAUGUCUGGCAGGAAGGAGAGACUCAGCCCAAAGAGGUUCUGCCAAGAAAUCUUGCCCUUCCAUUUGUGGAAGUCUCCAGGACUUUGGGGCUGCCUCCUAUCCUGGUCCAUGCUGAUUUAGUGCUGACGAACUGGACCAAAAGGAACUCAGAAGGACCCAUGGAAAUCGGUAAUCUGGAGACCAUCAUCUCAUUUCCGGGGGGCCAGAGCCUGAAGGGCUUCGUCCUGGUGACAGUUUUGGUGGAGAAGGCUGCAGCGCCUGGAAUUAAGGCCCUUGCCCAGGCAGUGAAUGCCCUCCAACAGUCCAACCAAGAUGCCCUGAUCCAUGCCUUGCAGCAACUGAGACUAUCCAUUCUGGACAUCACCCGAACUUUGGGACAAAUGCAUGAUUAUGUAGAUCCAGACAUAUUUUAUGCAGUCAUCCGGAUCUUUCUCUCUGGGUGGCAAGAUAACCCAGCCAUGCCCUCGGGACUCAUAUACGAAGGAAUCUCCACCAAACCUCUGAAGUACUCUGGAGGAAGUGCAGCUCAGAGCUCGGUGCUCCAUGCAUUGGACGAAUUCUUGGGCAUUCGUCAUAGCAAGGAAAGCGCUGCCUUUCUGCAUAGGAUGAGGGACUACAUGCCUCCUUCCCACAAGGCCUUCAUAGAAAAAAUCCACUCUGUCUCUUCCCUAAGGGAGCACGUCAUGUCCUCCGGCCUUGGUCAGUGUCUGACAUCUUAUAACCAGUGUCUGAAGGCCCUGGCAGAGCUGCGGAGCUACCACAUUGCCAUGGUGACCAAAUACCUCAUCAUAACUGCAAGCAAAGCAAGGAGCAAGAGGCCAGCCCACCUCCCAGGACCACCUCAGGCUUUAGAAGGCAGGGGCACAGGAGGCACUGCUGUCCUGAGCUUCCUGAAGAGUGUCAGGGAUAAGACCUUGGAGGCCAUGCUGCACCCAAGUGGUACAAUGCAGAGUCCACCCUAGAGGGUACGAGGGGGGAUGGAGAAGAG